GGACCGAGCUCGUCUGACUUUAUAAGGUUUGUGGGCAUGACUGGCUCAGAACAGAACCAGUCUGGACUGGACCUAUUCUUCCCCAGCAUGUCGACUCUGGCAUCAUGUCAGACUGUGACCCAGCUGCUGUAAAGGAACCAGGUCUGACUGCCGGUUCUGCUGGUCCUGGCCGCCCUCCUCUGGCAGCCAAGGCCCUGUCGGAGUCCUACGGUCAGCUCCGGUACCGGGACACGUCCCUGCUGAUCUGGCAGCAGCAGCAACUGGACCUGCAGACGGCACCGCCCUCCACCUACCUGACCCGGAGCCACUCCGCUUGGUACAGCAGCUAUGGUAAUCAGGCGGUUCUGAUCCGGGACAGGAAGUGCCUGCAGGGCUCAGAAGGCCAGUCCAGAAUCUGCAGCAUCAUGUAG